AUCUAUAAUAGCCUCCUCUUGAUUCACCUCCAAGUACAGCUUUAAACCCAGAUAUAAAUUCUCCUAUUUCUCAUGCAAUCUUGGUUUUAUCAUCUGCUGGUAUCUUAUUUUCACUUGCUUGUUUCUUUGUAGUAUUAAUUAACCGAAAAAAUGAAAUAUUUAAAGCGGCAAGCCCUCUCUUUUGUUGUUUAGAAUUAGUUGGAUUUAUAUUAACCUAUCUUUCAGUUAUCAUGAUGAUCGGUAUCCCUACUACUACUACAUGUAUCGUGAAGCCUAUUACAUUUAGUUUAGGUUUCAUAUUAAUUUUAGGAAAUAUGAUUGCAAAAAACUAUCGGAUUUAUCACAUUUUUAAUAAUAUUUUUAUAACGCGAAAUGUUAUUACGGAUAUGCAUUUAAUUAAAACUGUAGUUGCUUUAAUUGGCGUUGAAAUGAUGAUUUUAAUAGUAGGUCUAAUUGUAUCAAAACCAAUUCCUACGAAGUUUCAGGCGUCCUUUUCUAAUCACUAUUGGACAUGUGAGCCUCAGGGCAACAAUAAGUUAUUGUUCAUGAUUCUUUCAACUAUCUAUGCUGCUUGUUUAUUAUUAUUUGCGACAUUUCUUGCAUACAAGACUCGGUUUGCUGGUAAACAAUACAGUCGUUAUAGUGAAUGCAGACAAAUGGGAUUAUCUGUAUAUAAUAUUCUAUUUUCAGCAUUAGUUGGUUUUGCCGUUGUUGUAAAUCCUUUGGCCGACUUUUAUACAAAAUACUACAUUGAUGUUAUCUCUAUUCUUUGGGCAGCAUCCUUUUCUCUAACGAUUUUAUUUUUACCUAAACUAUUUUCUUUCUAUAAAUUCAAAUUGAAAGAAAGAAGAGAGGAAGUUGAUAAAUUGCAAGAGAAAUCAACAGGGGCACCGACACAUAGGAGUCUCUUUUCAUUUAUGAAUGCUUCUAAUAGUGAUUAUCAUAAUAACAGCAAUAUAGAAGUGAAUCAUGGUAUAAACGAGUUACUUAGUCUAGAUCAAAUACUAGCAACAGAUGAUCUUAUUUUAUAUGAUGAUCCUACUUUACGUAGACGAAAGCCUAGUGCUAUCAGCACUACUACUUUAGAUUACAAUGGAGACUCUAAUCAUUUUAUCGAAGUACAUGAAGGAGAGAUGCCUAUUCGAAAAGUAUUUCGUUAUUUUCCUUAUUUAUCUCAAUGGAAGAUGAAUCAUGUUAUGCUAUUUCCCUGGUUAGGUUAUUUUUCACAUUUUUCGGUAUGUCUUUUCUUUUCUUUUUUAACAAGUAUUAUUUUAAUAUAUAAUAUAUUAAAUAGGAUAAUGAAAAAAAGGGAACAGUCAUGUCUUAUCAUCAAGCAACCGUUUAUUCUGCUAAAUUAGAAGAUUAUGUGCUCAAGAUACAUGGUCAAGGUUGGACAGAUAUUUAUAUUCAAUUACCUAAUUUAAAUACAUUGAAUGUAUGGGAACACUGCUUUAAUCAAAGAAAAAAGCCACAUUUUCAUGAUUUUAGACGUCAUUCAUCUAAUGCACUACAAGAACAGCACGAUAAA